GCGGGUGUUGUUGCUGGCACUGCGUAAAACGUAAACACGGAAGAAGCAUCGGACAGACCGAACAAAUAACAAAUGAAAAGGCAGAUUUUACUCGGUACUCUUCGUUCAUUGGUUUAUAUGGUUGGAAACUGGGUUCCGAAGUACCUCUCCUGCAGAGAAUUCGGGGAGAUAUCUCGUGGUUGUAACUUGAUCUCUGGUCCAUCUCUGAUCCAAUCAGAUCAUGGCUGAGGAUCCGUCAUUAUGCAUCAGCAGCCAAUGAAAGGGGCGGAGAAUGGGACCAGAGGUGAAGCUGAGGGUGGAGGGGUAAGGCGGAGGGGAGAACGAGUUGAGAGAGGUGACUCUUCUACCUCCCCCUCUCCCCACGAGACUCCACCCACCCCUCUCCCUGUCUUCCUGUUCCCGUCAGAGCUGGUGUUCUACUCAGGCCAGAGGAGCUCUCACAGGAGAGUUCUGACCCUAUAUAACCCCUACACCUUCACCAUCAUGUUCAAGAUGCUGUGUACGUCUCCAUCCCGGUACUCAGUGGUGGAAGCUGAGGGCAGCGUCAGAGCCAAGUCCUGCAUUGACCUUGUUGUGCGUCACAAGGAUGUGUCUCCUCGUCACUGGGGCCGGAGAGAUCGUUUCCGCCUGGAGGUGUCAGGGGGAGGACAGGAAGGGAGUCGAGAGGUGUGGGCUGAGCUGAAGGGGGGAGGAGGGGGAGUGGACGAACCCCGGAGCACACCCACAACCCCCAGCAGACACGCCCUUCCAUCCUCCCUCACCCCCCUCCCCUACUUUAAAGCAACACAAGCAGUUCGAAGCCCACUCCAGUUUGCAGUGUUGGUGGUGAUGGGGGUAGUGUGUGUUGCGAUCUUAAUGCUCCCCCUCCACUCUGAGCCAAACCAUUUGGUUCCUAGCUACGCCCAUGUGACCGUCACACAAAAACUGGUGUGUGCCUACACCCUGGGUCUGCUCACCAUGGUGUUUCUACAGUAACCAGGAAGAUAAGAUGACAUUUGUGACAGUGUUUCCAUGGAGACACAGAUGCCCAUCAUUCUUCUAACCUCUCACCCUGAAUCAGCUGAUAUGUUGUAGGGACCUAAAGGGCUUCAGUGUGGAACUCUGCAUGUAAACAAACAUCAAAAUAAUGUAAACAAAGCUGAAGUAUGUGUACAUGUUUCUAAUAUAAUGUUCAGAUAUGAUGAUUGGUAUGUAUAUGGAGUGCUCCAUUUUUACAAAUAAAAUAUAUUCAUGACUUGAAGUGAGUCUGAGUAAAAAAGACA